UGCUUUUAAAAGUCACAAAAGAAAACAAGUUGUUGAGAUGGACAGAAAGAAUAUUGAAGUGAAAGCAAAACAAGCUUCUGCUAACUCACAUAGGCAUAAGAUAACAAUAGGAGUAAGUCUUUGAGAAAACUCAUGUGUCUAAUUUGCAGAAAGAGAGAGAAGAUGCAGAAAAUGAAGAACCUUGGGAGUAUUGGAAGCAGUGGGAGGUUUUCAACAGAAGAAUGUGAAGAUGAGGAUGUUUCAAAAUUGGCCAUUUCCACAUUACAAGCUAAGGAAGAAGAGAUUGAGAGGAGAAAGAUGGAGGUGAAAGAGAGAGUUGAACUUCAACUUGGACGUGCCGAAGAAGAGACAAGGCGUUUGGCUCACAUUUGGGAAGAGCUUGAAGUGAUGGAAGAUCCUAUGAGGAAGGAAGUCGCAAUGGUGCGUAAAAAAAUUGACUUGGCCAACAAAGAUGUAAAGCAACUUGGACAAAACUACCAGAAAAAGGAGAAAGAGUACAAAGAAGCCUUGGAAGCUUUCAAUGAAAAGAACAAAGAGAAGAAUCAUUUGGUAGCGACACUAACUGAGAUGCUGGCUGAGAGUGAAAGAAUAAGGAUGAAGAAACUGGAGGAGCUAUGCAAGACCAUAGAGUCUGUGUCACUAAAACAAUAAUCUCUAACAGUGUGUGUUGUGUUUACUAGCUUGGCUUAUUCAAUUUCUAAUGGCUUGUAUUUAAAUGUUAUUCAGAUUGCUUUGUGCGUAGACUUAACAAAAUAAGGUUUAACAUUCUCACGUUUGAUUGAUUGUAAAAAAGAAAGGCAAAGUUAGUUCGAUUGUUCCUUGUAAUAA